AGUAUAUAUUAUCAUAUUUAUUUAAAUAGCCUGGAAAACAAUCUGCAGUGUCGAACGGCUGAGGUUAGAAGUAGGCCAAAAUGUUACGAAAAAGCACCAUAAUUUUGUUGGUGGCAUGCGUUGCAUUAUGUUCAAGCAAGUAUACCAAGGAUGGAAGGCAUGAAGUGAGAAAAUUCCCGGACGGGUUUAUGUUCGGCACCUCAACAGCUUCAUACCAAGUGGAAGGUGGUUGGGAUGCCGAUGGUAAAUCUGAAAAUAUAUGGGAUCACUUGACUCACAAAGAUCCAUGUGCCGUUAAAGAUUGCUCCAACGGAGACAUUGCCAACGACUCUUACAAUCAGUACAAACGGGAUGUAGAAAUGAUGAGGGAAAUGGGCCUCGACUUCUACCGUUUUUCACUCUCAUGGUCAAGACUUUUGCCUACUAGCUUUCCUGACAAAAUCAAUGAAGCGGGAGUUCAAUACUAUAAUAAUCUUAUUAAUGAAAUGCUUAAAUACAACAUUGAGCCCAUGGUCACUAUAUUCCACUGGGACUUACCGCAAAAACUGCAGGAAUUGGGCGGUUGGACUAAUCCCCAUAUAGUAGACUGGUAUGCAGAUUAUGCUCGUGUGGUUUUUGAGUUGUUCGGGGAUAGAGUCAAAUAUUGGAUAACCAUGAAUGAGCCAUGGGUCAUCUGCUAUCAAGGAUAUAGUGUAGCUGCAAAAGCUCCCUUAUUGGAAAUUGCCGGCGUGGCCGAGUACAUGUGCGCGAAGAACUUGUUGUUGGCCCACGCAAAGGCUUACCAUAUAUACGAUAAGGAGUUUAGAUCGCAACAUGACGGAAAUAUUUUUAUAACAUUAAAUGCUCAGUUCUACAUGCCAGAAACUGAGAAUGAUUUACAGACUGCUAAUGACUUGGCUGAUUUUGAGUGGGGAACAUACGCGCAUCCAAUUUUCUCUGAGAACGGCGACUUCCCACCAAGAAUGAAAGAACUUGUCGCGAUUAAGAGCGCAGAGCAGGGCUUUGCCAGAUCUAGGUUACCUGAAUUCACAACAGAAGAGAUCGAUUUUGUAAAAGGAACCUCGGACUUCUUCGGCCUGAACCACUACUCCUCGUCAAUGAUCUACAGGAAUGAGUCAGUCGUUGGCUACCACAAGAUUCCUUCAUACGAUGAUGAUGUGCAGGCUAUCACCUACCAGCCCGACGAGUGGAAGAGUGCUGCGUCACCGUGGUUACGGGUUGUUCCGUCGGGCUUCUACGAGCUGUUGACUAAAAUCAGGAAGGACUACAACAAUCCCACUGUUUACAUCACCGAGAAUGGUUUCUCGACGUUCGGUGGGCUGGAAGACGACGACCGCGUGUCGUACCUCCGGCAGUACCUUGACGCAAUGCUGGACGCUAUGAACGAUGGCUCUGACAUCGCGGCCUACACCAUCUGGAGUCUUAUGGACAACUUUGAAUGGAUGGCGGGAUAUACUGAACGCUUCGGAAUCUACGAGGUGGACUACGAGAGUCCUGAGCGCACGCGCACUCCGCGCAAGUCCGCCUUCGUGUACAAGGAGAUCAUCCGCUCGCGCUCGCUGGACCACCACUACGAACCCAACACCACCGUCAUGACCAUCGACGAGGGACACUACGAAAUGUUCAUUAAAGAGAGUUCUAUUUUAUUAUUUAUAUGCUGCGUUUUCUUUGCGUACUGCAAGGCGAGUGUUCGACACGAUGUGAGAAAAUUUCCUGAAGGUUUCUUAUUUGGCGCGGCUACCGCUGCGUAUCAAGUCGAAGGCGCUUGGGACGAAGAUGGAAAGAGCGAAAACAUCUGGGAUCACCUCACUCACCAAGUUCCAAGCGUUAUUUGGGACGGAAGCAAUGGUGACAUCGCUGAUGAUUCAUACCAUCUGUACAAAAGAGACGUUGAAAUGAUGCGGGAACUGGGCCUCGAUUUUUACAGGUUUUCUUUAUCAUGGACGAGGAUCUUGCCUACAAGCUUUCCUGAUAAAAUCAAUGCCGCAGGAGUGGAAUAUUACAAUAAUUUGAUAAACGAAAUGCUUAAAUAUAACAUCUUGCCGCUGGUCACGCUAUACCAUUGGGAUUUACCACAGAAAUUAAUGGACAUGGGAGGUUGGACCAACCCACACAUUGUAGACUGGUAUACGGAUUACGCACGUGUUGCUUUUGAGACAUUUGGAGAUAGAGUCAAACACUGGAUCACGAUAAAUGAACCGAAAGAAAUAUGUUAUAUGGGGUAUGGUCCCGGACUCGCGGCUCCAAGGAUAAACGGUUCAGGAUAUGCGGAAUACUUAUGCAGCAAAAAUCUGUUGAUGGCCCACGCUAAAGCAUAUCAUAUUUACGAUGAAGAAUUUAGACCCAAGCAAAAUGGAACUAUUUUCAUUUCUAUAAGCGCAGAGUGGAGUGAACCUGAAAGUGAAAUACACGCUGACGCGGCUGACGAUAAAGCACAGUUCGAUUGGGGUCAAUAUGCUCAUCCAAUAUUCUCGAAAACCGGUGGCUAUCCUGAGGUAAUGAAACAAAAAAUAUCAAAAAAGAGCGCCGAACAAGGUUUCUACAGAUCUCGAUUGCCAGAAUUCUCUCAAGAAGAAGUAGAAUACGUAAAAGGCACCUCCGAUUUGUUUGGUCUCAAUCACUACUCCACUCGAUUAGUCUACAGGAACGAGUCUACUGUUGGAUACUACGAUACUCCAUCCUAUGACGACGAUCUUGGUGUGCAAACAUAUCAGAAAGAAGAAUGGCGUAUCGGAGAGUCAAUAUUUACUAUGUACGUGCCCUGGGGAUUUUAUAAGCUGUUAAAAACUAUCAGAGAGGAAUACAACAAUCCUCCUGUGUUCAUCACUGAAAAUGGUUUCGGAGCUUACCCAGGUUUGGAGGACAACGACCGCGUCACCUACUACAGAGGAUACCUCGACAGCAUGCUGGACGCUAUAGAAGAUGGCUCUGAUAUCAGAGCAUACUCCACUUGGAGUCUUAUGGAUAACUUCGAGUGGGUGACCGGAUAUACUGUGAAAUAUGGACUGUACGAAGUGGACUACGAGAGUCCUGAGCGCACGCGCACUCCGCGCAAGUCCGCCUUCGUCUAUAAGGAGAUCAUCCGCUCGCGCUCGCUGGACUACCACUACGAACCCAACACCACCGUCAUGACCAUCGACGAAGGACACUAAUUAAGGUGUAAUGAUUAUAAAUAAUAAAUAAAAACUAUCAAUAAA